AUGGACCUGGGCAGCCAUGACGAGGCUCUUUUCUUCCCGGACGACAGCACUGGAUCACGUUUGGACCGGCUGCUAGAUGUGCUUGCGUCGGCUCGUCGCAGCUUGGAUGUUGCGGUCUUCAGCAUAAGCCACAAGCGUCUGGCGGACGCACUGGUGCAAGCACACAGGCGCGGUGUCCGAGUACGAAUUCUAUCAGACGACAUGCAGGCCAAGCAGCAAAACUCAGCGGUCCCGGAAUUGAGAAGAGCUGGCCUCCAGCUGCGCCUGGAUUCCAGUGAGAAAUUCCACAUGCAUCACAAGUUUGUGGUUGUUGAUGGCGCUACUCUCAUCUCCGGGUCCCUCAACUGGACGCAUGCCGCAGUUGAGCGUGGCAAUGAGAAUGCGACGAUAUGCAGGCGCUCUGCAUUGUGUAACCGCUUCGCGCUGGAGUUUGAACGAGUGUGGGCUGCAUUCCAGACUGGCACCGUCGCACAAGCUCCGCCGGCUGAAUUCGAGGGCAAUGUUGCAGCCCUCUUCUUUCCGGAGCCUCAGAUGAAGAAUGUGGGUAUGAUCUUGACCGAGCUGCAGGGUGCUCGCUCAAGCAUUGAGCUGGCUAUCUUCACGCUGACGUUGGACAUGUUGGUUGACACAUUGAUUCAGAAGCACAACGCAGGUCUUCGUGUCCGGAUCAUUACAGACAACCGGCAGGCAGCAGUGCCUGGUGCUGAUGCCCAGAGACUGAGCGAGCGAGGAGUGGAAGUCCGUACAGACAGGUCGUGGUAUGCCAUGCAUCACAAGUUCGCCGUGAUUGACAAGCAAACUGUGAUCAAUGGCUCCUUCAAUUGGACGGCACAGGCAACCAAAGGAAACCAAGAGGAUGCCAUAAUCUUCCGUGACUCGGAUUGGAUUGCCACAGCUUUCGUCACUGAGUUUGACCGAAUGUGGAUGGCCAACAUGAGUCUUUUUGACAGCAAGUUCUGUGUACGUAAUUUUUCCGGACUGCAAGGUGGCCGAACGCAUAUCCUGCAAGGCCAGCAGUGCCAGAAAGGUUCCCCGCAGGCACGGCAGACCGUGCGGCAGUGGAAGACCGGGCGAGACAUGCGCCUCAAGGCAUGGCUGCCUCUAUUAUUGGCACCUGCAAGAGGACAGUUCCAGUUCGAAAUUCCUCCUGAGAUGCUCCAAGGGAUGAUGGGAGGAGGUGGAAUGAUGGGCGGCGGAGGUGGUGGCAGAAAAGGCGCUGAGUGGCCAAAGACGGAGAAUUCGGAAGUUGCGGCUGAGUUUGAGUGGCUGGUGAACACCGAAUGGGAGGGCAAGACCUCCAAGUACCUUCUCCUGAGAGACGGCUUCGUCGAGUCACCAUUGAAGGAGUGCGAGCCAGAAGGCCAUUGUUUGUGGGCCGCCAACAAUGGCAAAGUUCUUAUCAACACGCCCAAACUCAAGGUUGUGAAAUUCUCUGUGGAGGGUCUCGAGGGCAUAGACAGGAAGAAGCUCGAGAACAAGGACGAAGCUGAGUUGAAGAAGGUUUCUUUGGUCAUGGAGAAGCCCAGCAAGAGCACCGGCAAGAAAGGCAAGCUCGAUUUCAAGCGGGUAGCCAUGGCAGACGAACAAGACAGCAUGGGAGCAGACCUGUACAAGCUCCUAGACAUUACGGAGGAUGCAGACCAAGCCGCGGUCAAGAGCAAGUUCCGGCGACUGUCGGUAUCAAUGCAUCCUGACAAAGGCGGUGAUCCAAAAGCUUUCAACGACAUGAGAGAGGCCUAUGAGGUUCUUGGAGAUCCAGAGAAGCGAAGGCAGUACAACCUCGGUGGUAUGCAGCUCGUCAAGAACGUUGAGAUAGCUUGGAAGGAGGUGGAGGGGCAGAAAGCACAGAUGGAUGCGCAGCUCAAUCAGGUUCCAAAGAAUCACCCGCAGUAUGCCAUGUUCAAGCAGCAGAUCGAGCAGCAGAAGCGACAAUUUGACAAGGCGAAAGUCGAAUCACAGAUCCAACAGAAGCUGCAAAGCGACGAGCUCGAGGUAAUGGUGCCCAUUUCAGCUUCUGAGCUCUACAAUGGAGUGGAGAAGAAGGUCUUCGUCUUCCCUAGGCUUAUGAUAUGUCGUGGUUGCAAAGAAGACCCCGGCAGGCCCGAGUGCCAGGACUGCGGUCGGUGUCCGCCAGAGAAGGUCCAGGUGCCGAAAUAUGGCAUGACGCCCUUCGGGCGUCAGGUGGUUGGCAUGAGAGAGAAGGAGCAGGAAAGUCGAGAGCGGUGUCGAGAAGUUGGGGUCGAGGUGCCGCUGAGAGUGAGCAAAGGGGCCAAGCAGGGCGCUUCUUUAAAGGUCCUGUCGAAUGUUGGCCACCAAACGCCAGGAAAGUUUCCCGGCAAGGUGAACUUCAAGGUGCAGCGAGGCAGCAAGGAGGAUAACUUCAGAAUUGCAGAGUCAGACUUGCACACGGUGCUCCAUGUCUCAUUGGAGCAAGCCUUGUUCGGCUUUACGAUUUCUUGGCAACAUCUUGGAGAAGAGACGGUAACCAUCACCAAGGAGCGUCUGCAGCAGCCAGACGAGGUGCUCCGACUCAAGGGCAAGGGCCUUGUCGAGUCGGGAAGCAAGCGAGGUGACCUGUACGUGCGACUCGCAGUCGAUCUCCCGCAAGCGCCGCAGGGGGAGAAGGCCCUCACCCUUCGAGCUCCAGGUUCAGGAGUGCAGGCUGCAAAGCUGGAAAUGGAAGAUGAAGUUCGAAUAGAAGAAGGAAGUGCUUGGCGAGAGUGGAUCGGCAGAGAAAAGGCGAGCACCUACAAGGUGGGGAAAGCGAAAACAGAACUGUAA